CAUAACUCCUCAAAACCCUGCGCAUAUCUCUUCUUCCUCUUCAACGCAUUUUCUCUCUGUUCUUCAAAAGAAUAUGCAGAUGGGCUCCAAGAAUGAUAAUCAAGAGGGUCGAAAUUUUGUAUGGGCGGAUGAUCUCGUUAUCAUAUUUUGUGAAAAAUGUAUUGAGUGGAUUAGGAAGAACGGCCGAACCACUAGCUCCUUUCAAGUGGAGACUAAUCCAAAACCAAUUUGAAGAGCAUACUAAAAUGGUUUGCAACACCAAGAGUUUCAAGAAUAAAUUUGAUUUCAUGAAACGAGAUUGGAGGCUUUGGAUUUGGUUGAAGCAGGAAGACACCGGAUUAGGAUGGGAUCCUGUCCAUAAUAGACUAGACUGUACUGCAGAGUGGUGGGAUAGGAAAAUCAAGGAGAAACCUGAUGCCAAGAAGUUUCGCCAUAAAGGAGUGCCACCUGCGAUUUUUGAAAAAUGGGAAGAAAUUUUUGGCGGUAAAGUAGCAACAGGUGUGAGGACAGUAGCACCGUCACAAGAUGUUGAAGAGCAAGAGAACAUUGAAAAUACUUGUGAAGAUGGUGGAAAUGGGGGACCCGUCGAAGAAGCAUAUGAGGUGUAUUCUCAAUACAAUGCGACAUUCGAGCAAAUAGAAGAUGAUGAUUUUUGGGUUAAUUUAACUCAAAACAUGGGUGCAAUAAUUUCACAAGGUUCAAAUCAAACACUUCACAAGCCCCACAAGGUUCAAAAUUAAACACUUCACAAGCAAACGGGCACAAGAAAAGAAAAAGAAGAGAGUCGGGUGGAUCGGUAGCCUUUAAGGAACACUUAGCAGAGGUUAAUUCAUUUUAUGGUGAGUUAUUGGGAGCUAUCAAACAAGGAUCAGGAACAGGUGAAAGCAGUUACGAGGGUUCAAGAAUUUCAUCUAUGAUCGAUGUGUUGAGCAGAAUGACCGAGGAUGGUCGGAUGGAUAAGGGCGGUGAUUUGUGGAACUAUGGACUAAGCAGAAUCAUCACUAAUAAUGUAAGCAGAGAGGUGUUCUUGCGGCUCAAUGAUGACACCACAAGACUCGGUUGGUUGAAGAUGAUGCAUGACACUGAGAAAAAAUGAUUAUAAUCUAUAGCUAUAAUUCUUUUUGGUUGGUCAGACUUAUAAAUUGUUGUCCGUGAUUACUUUGUAGAUGGAUUAAAAUUUAUUUUGUUGGGCUAGUAUUCAAUUGGAUUUGAU